AUGAAGAACCUCUUCCCUUCCUCUUCCUCCUUCUUCUUCCUCCUCCUAACCGCCUUCGCCGCGUUCUCAGCCGUCAGAUCUGACUCCUCAGAUCACCGCUACAAAGAAGGCGAGGUCGUCCCUCUCUACGCCAACAAAGUUGGCCCCUUCCACAACCCUAGCGAAACCUACCGUUAUUUCGACCUUCCUUUCUGUCCUCCAGAUGAUUUGAAAGAAAAGAAGGAGGCGCUUGGGGAGGUGCUGAAUGGGGACCGAUUGGUUAGCGCCCCAUACAAGCUAGAAUUUCAGCGUGACAAGGAGUCGAUUUCUGUUUGCCAGCCUAAGCUAUCCAAAGAGGAUGUCGCGCGGUUCAGAUCUGCUGUCCGUAAGGACUACUACUUCCAGAUGUACUACGAUGACCUUCCUAUCUGGGGGUUCAUUGGGAAAGUGGACAAGGAAGGGAAGGACCCUAGUGAGUAUAGGUACUUCCUGUAUAAGCACAUUCACUUUGAUGUAUUCUACAACAAGGACAGAGUCAUCGAGAUCAAUGUACGCACUGAUCCCAAUGCCCUGGUGGAUCUCACUGAGGAUGCUGAGGUGGAUGCGGAGUUUCUGUAUACAGUGAAGUGGAAGGAGACCAACACACCCUUUGAGAAGAGGAUGGAUAAGUACUCACAGUCGUCAUCGUUGCCACAUCAUUUGGAAAUCCACUGGUUCUCAAUCAUCAAUUCAUGUGUUACGGUGCUGCUCUUGACCGGGUUCCUUGCCACCAUUUUAAUGAGGGUGCUAAAGAAUGAUUUUGUCAAGUAUGCACAUGAUGAGGAGGCUGCAGAGGAUCAAGAAGAGACUGGCUGGAAAUAUAUCCACGGGGAUGUCUUUAGGUUUCCCAAGUUUAAGUCUCUAUUUGCAGCUGCGCUUGGAUCUGGUACUCAGUUGUUUAUCCUUACUGUGUUCAUAUUCAUAUUGGCACUUGUUGGUGUGUUUUAUCCAUACAAUCGAGGAGCACUGUUUACUGCACUUGUUGUCAUAUAUGCACUUACUUCAGGGAUUGCUGGGUAUACUGCAACUUCAUUCUAUUGUCAGUUGGAAGGAACAAACUGGGUUAGGAAUCUGCUGUUGACAGGAUGUCUUUUCUGUGGGCCUCUGUUUUUGACAUUCUGCUUUUUGAACACUGUUGCAAUUGCUUACAAGGCUACUGCUGCCCUCCCAUUUGGGACAAUUGUUGUUAUAGUUCUCAUAUGGACACUUGUUACAUCUCCUUUGCUUGUAUUGGGAGGGAUUGCUGGGAAGAAUAGCAAGACUGAAUUUCAAGCUCCUGUUCGCACAACUAAAUAUCCAAGGGAGAUUCCACCUUUGCCAUGGUAUCGGGGAUCGAUUCCUCAGAUGGCAAUGGCAGGAUUUUUGCCGUUUAGUGCUAUAUACAUUGAGCUUUACUAUAUAUUUGCCAGUGUUUGGGGCCACAGAAUUUACACCAUCUACAGCAUCCUGUUCAUUGUCUUCAUCAUUCUCUUGAUUGUUACUGCUUUCAUUACGGUGGCAUUGACAUACUUCCAGCUUGCUGCUGAGGAUCAUGAGUGGUGGUGGAGGUCAUUCUUAUGCGGUGGUUCAACUGGGUUAUUUAUCUAUGCCUACUGUCUGUAUUAUUACUAUGCACGCUCCGACAUGUCUGGAUUCAUGCAGACCUCAUUUUUCUUCGGAUACAUGGCCUGUAUAUGCUAUGGUUUCUUCUUGAUGCUGGGAACUGUUGGAUUCCGUGCUGCUUUACUCUUUGUCCGCCACAUUUAUCGAUCCAUCAAGUGUGAGUAG